UUUGUUGCUUCGUGUUUUUUUUUUACCGGAGAAGAAGCCCGGUCAGUAAAUGAAUCCGGAACCUUCGUUUCAGCAGGUGGUUCAGCCGGGGCGUUUACGUGACAGUACCAGCGACGGACCCACGACAGAAACAAUCCGACUGUCACAGAUUCUCAGCGAUAACUGAUGGAAAUAAAGAAGUAGCCGCUGAAUGACUUUAUAAAUAUUUAUCCGGCAGCUGCUUUCUGUUCGUAUUUCAUAUUUUCCACGCGGGUCUGCGGCGCUCGUCGUGUCUGGGGUUCGCCACACGCAGCAAUAACAAUGGCUUCUGGGUCACCGUCGUCCUCCCCGGACACUGCGACGGGCUCAGGUACAGACCCAGCCCGGCCCGAUACCGGGGAGCCCCUCGGUGGAGCAGGCUCGGACUCCGACUCGGACUUGGGUUUGGGCAAGUUCGACUGCAGCGCCAUGGACAUGGGGGACAGGCUGGAGGGAGAGGAGCUGAUGGCGGAGUUUGAGUCCGCAGCCGAUCGCGUUCGAGACCUGGUCCAGACCGCCGGCAGGGACCAGCUGCUGUACCUGUACGCCCGAUACAAGCAGGUCAAAGUGGGAAAGUGCAAUACACCAAAGCCCGGCUUCUUCGACUUCGAAGGACAGAGGAAAUGGCAAGCCUGGAAGCAGCUGGGAGACAUGGAAGCAGAGCAAGCAAUGCAAGAGUACAUUUCAUGUGUCAAUGUGUUAGACCCUGAAGGCAGCACGAAGGAAAGACAAGGGGCAGAAAGGAGAACAGGUUUCGGAGGAGCAGCAGUUAGCUCUCUAUACCAGGAAGAGAUGAUCAGGGAAGAGGAUAAGAACAUCUUUGACUACUGCAGAGAAAACAACAUCGACCACAUCAGUCAGGCCAUCGACUCCCAGAAAGUGGAUGUAAAUGCUAAAGACGAAGAGGGGCGGGCUCUCCUGCACUGGGCCUGUGACAGAGGACACAAGGAGCUGGUGUCUGUAUUACUGCAGCACAAAGCAGACAUCAACAGUCAGAAGUCACUACAGACUGUGUUUGAGGUCUGUCCCAGUGUGGAUGAGCAGUAUCAGUCAUCUGCGUGCGAGUUUGCAGAAAUCGUGGAGCUUCUGCUGAACGCUGGAGCUGACCCGUUCAUCAAAGACAUGGAGGGCUCUCUCCCUGAGGAGGUCACUGAAUCGGGCGCCAUCUCCUCCCUCCUUCGUCAGUACACUGCUCCGAAAGGCUAG